UGUGUCAGUGUCUCGCGGACUUUGUCUUAAUCAAGUCAUGCCUGAAAGAAAUGCCAGAAAGGAAGUAAAAACACCUGGGAGAACUCAGCUGGUUUUACCAAGGGAACCAGUGCAAACUCGAAGUCGAACGAGGACAACUGACUCAAAGAAAAGUAAAAAGACACUGCUAGAUGAUGAUAUGGGAACAGGUAAGAACACACUGAAAGAGGAUGUGAUUGUUUCAACACCCUGUAAUAUGAAGACGUUGCAGAGGUGUCCCACCUGUUUCUCAGUCCUGCCCAUUGUCCAGGGAACAGACUACCAGGCCAGUCCAGUGGCUCAGUGUACCAACUGCCCCACCAAGCCCUACCUCUGUGCCACCUGCCUCUCUCCCUGGCAAGGCCCUCCUGGGGUGCUGGGCCGCUGUACCAACCAGAGGUGUGCAGUGGUGGGAACCCUCCUCACCUGUGGGCUGAUCACCGACCCAAGCAAAGUAAAGGGCUGUCCAGAGUUCCGCGCUUGUCCCAAAUGCUACAGUCUACUCACGCACAGCCGUGGCUGCAACCAACUGAGCAGACUAAACCUUAAGCACCAAUUAUCAAUGGACCCUGGUGCCAAAAAGUGUCCCACCUGUUCUUCAGUCCUGCGCAUCAUCCAGGGAACACACUGGCAGGCCAGUCCAGUGGCUCAGUGUACCAUCUGCCCCACCAAGCCCUACCUCUGUGCCACCUGCCUCUAUCCCUGGCAAGGCCCUCCUGGGGUGCUGGGCCGCUGUACCAACAAGAGUUUGUAUCAGUGUCCCGCGGACUUUGGUCGUAAUCAAGUCAUGCCUAAAAGAAAUGGCAGAAAGGAAGUAAAAACACAUGGGAGCACUCAGCUGGUUGUACCAAGGGAUGUACCAAGGGAACCAGUGGAAACUCGAAGUCGAACGAGGACAACUGCCCCAAAGAAAAGAAAAAAGAAACAGCUAGAUGAUGGCAUAGCAGGUAGGAACACACAAAAGGAGGACACAAUUGUUGCAACACCCUACAAAAUAAAAGGGGAGUUACAGAAGUGUCCCACCUGUUCCUCUGUCCUGCACAUUGUCCAGGGAACAGACUGGCAGGCCAGUCCAGUGGCUCUGUGUACCAACUGCCCCACCAAGCCCUACCUCUGUGCCACCUGCCUCUCUCCCUGGCAAGGCCCUCCUGGGGUGCUGGGCCACUGUGCCAACAAGAGGUGUGCAGUGGUGGGAACCCUCCUCACCUGUGGGCUGAUCACCGACCCACUAAGCCCAGUACGGGGCUGUCCAGAGUUUCGCGCUUGUCCCAAAUGCUACAGUCUACUAACGCACGACAACAAAGGCUGCAACAAUGUCACCUGCAUGCAGUGCGGCCAUUAUUUCUGCUACAUCUGCUUGAACUCUCGAGAAUGUUGGAAUUCUAUUUUCAUUUUACAGAGCCCUCACAGUAAACCAGCUGCGCGUCAGCGAUUCCAUGUGUAACUUCAAGUGAAAAAACGGAUGCAUUCUCAAGAGUAGCCUGCUAUGGCAUCACAAUCCUUUGAAAUGGACAGCUACAGGUGCUAAAUCAAAUUGGUAGUCUACUAAAUGCUUCUUUUGCCCUUCUAGUUUGUUUGUCAACUGCAUGCUGAUGUAGCCUGGCACGCCCUCCCAGUGACGUAACACCUUCGGCUUUUGCUGUCGCUGGUCUGGUCAACUGCUAAUCGGGAAGGAUUUCUGAGUUCCCGAAAUCUGCGGAACUGCCCCCUUUGGUCGAGAACCAAUCAACUUUGAGCAGCUCCAACGGCUCUGUGUAGAGGCGUGUUCAAGGCAGAGGAAAGAGUGUUGUUAUUGGUUUAAACUCGGCAAACCGCUUUCUGACAUCGACCAGUAGCAAAUCGAGGCACUUAAAGGAGGCGGGUCGACCAGCGCUUGGAGAAACCGUGUUAGCACAGGCUCUUGGUCAGACUAAAGUCUCGCAGAGCCUUUGAAAGUCGAUGGUAAUCAGGCUAAUGCUGAUGUAGCCUAGAUGUACUUUGCUUAAUGAAAUAAAAGCGAAUCUGAUCUAUC